UAAAUACACAUCUUCUAUUCAUCCGUUAUAAAUGGUAGAUUUGAGUAGCAUCUCUAGUUUUAGGCUUUUUAGCCCCCAACCAUACCAUACUGUAGUAUACAACACCGCAGAGUAGUAAUGUAUGAUGUAGUAGAUCACAAAAGAGACGAAAUGGGAAAAAGAAAAACCAGCAGAACAAAAGAAUCAAAAUCACACACACUACCUUCGUCCCCAUCACACUCAUUUUCAUCAUCUUCUUCCUCUGAUUUCGAAUUCACUAUCUCCAUCUCACCUCGCAAAUCCUCCAACCAUCUCUGUCCCGCAGAUGAACUCUUCUACAAAGGCCAACUCUUACCUCUCCAUCUCUCCCCUCGUAUCUCCAUGGUCCGUACUCUUCUCCUCUCUUCCUCCUCCACCUCCUCCGCCACUUCCUCCUCCACCGCUCCCCGUGACUCCACCGGUAGCACCAACUCAAACGAUUCCACCUCUUCUUUCAUCAGUGACCUCGCUCUUUUCCCUGACUCCUGUGAUUCCUCUCGACCAAGCUCUGUCACUGAAGACGACGAACUCAAACGUCUCCAUCACAACAACAACAACAACAACAGAUCCAGUUCACAGUUGAAGAAAACCAACAAGUAUUUCUCUCUCUCAAGAUUCUCCUCUGUUUUCCGUAGAGAAACCGUCGUAAAAACCAGAGAACGAGAAACCGAAACCGAAACCGAAACUAGUAAUAUCAUUAACAACUCUUCCAUGAAACGAAUGAGUGUUACUGCAAAAGAGGUUAUUCGAAAAUACUUCAAGAAAGUGAAACCAUUAUACGAGAAACUUUCUCAAAAACAACAACCAACGGAAGAACUUACAACAGCUACAAACACAAAUACAACGUUAACGGUCAUGUCUCUGUUAUCAAAAGCAGAGAGAUCUGAGAAGGAAAUGAAGAAAGAAAACGCGGGUAUGUUAUCUCAUUCGUUUUCUGGGAAUUUAAGGUAUCCAAGAAAGAGAAACUUCGUUUCAAGCUGUCCUUCUUCAAUGAGAUCUUCGCCAAGUCAUUCUGGUGUUCUUUCAUCAAAAGGUGUUCUUCGUGAUUCUUCUUCCAUGGAAGAGUUGCAGAGUGCUAUUCAAGGUGCUAUUACUCAUUGCAAAAACUCUUUGAUUACCAAUCAUAAAACACUGGUUAGUACUAAUAAUAACCAUAUUAAUCUUAUCUAAUCUAAUUAGUUACUAGUACUAUAAGACUUGUUGUAAUUUGUUUUAUUAUAAUGUUCAUGUUCAAAAAAAAGGAGAAUCUUUUUUGUAUUGUAGAAUCUGACGUGGCAUUGAAUUUGCAUGUGACUGAGUAUUAGAUUUGGAACGUGUUUUUGGAUUUUUAGUUGGUUCUUUUUUCUGACUGUUUUUUUGUUGUACUAGUAUUUGAUAUAUCAAAAUAUUGAUUUAGAUUUUUUUGA